AUGUCUCAUUCGAAUAUUACUCAUGGAAUGUCGCAUGUCGAUACCAAUUCUGAAGGCAAACCAUAUCAUGAACAUGCAGAUAAGAAGGCUCAAAAGGAAGAUCAUCCACGUACACAAUCCGAGAAACACAAUCCUAAUUCAUCUGAUGAUAAUCCACAUCAUGGUCAUGAAAAUCAGGAUAUCAAAGAUAGUAGUACCAGUGAACGUGGUGACCAUAAGAAAGAUCAUGAAUGA